GGCAGCUCGCGCAGGUCCGUCAUGGCGUCUGUCGAAGUGGGUCCCAGCCUUCCUCGGUCUGGUCGGGAUCCGGACCCCCAAGCGCAGCAGGAGGACAAGUUUUCGGUACUUUUGCCCACCUACAACGAGCGCGAGAACCUGCCGCUCAUCGUGUGGCUGCUGGUGAAAAGCUUCACCGAGAGUGGAAUCAACUAUGAAAUUAUAAUCAUAGAUGAUGGAAGCCCAGAUGGAACAAGGGAAGUUGCUGAGCAGUUGGAGAAGAUCUAUGGGUCAGACAAAAUUCUUCUAAGACCAAGAGAGAAGAAGUUAGGGCUAGGAACUGCAUAUAUCCAUGGGAUGAAACAUGCCACAGGAAACUACAUAAUCAUUAUGGAUGCGGAUCUCUCACACCACCCAAAAUUUAUUCCUGAAUUCAUUAGGAAGCAGAAGGAGGGUAAUUUUGACAUUGUCUCUGGAACUCGCUACAAAGGAAAUGGAGGUGUAUACGGCUGGGAUUUGAAAAGAAAAAUAAUCAGCCGAGGGGCCAAUUUUAUAACGCAGGUCUUGCUGCGGCCAGGAGCAUCUGAUUUAACGGGGAGUUUCAGAUUAUACAGAAAAGAAGUUCUUCAGAAAUUAAUAGAAAAAUGUGUUUCUAAGGGCUACGUCUUCCAAAUGGAGAUGAUUGUCCGAGCAAGACAAUUGAACUAUACUAUUGGCGAGGUUCCAAUAUCAUUUGUGGAUCGAGUUUAUGGUGAAUCCAAGUUGGGAGGAAAUGAAAUCGUCUCCUUCUUAAAAGGACUACUGACACUUUUUGCUACUACAUAGAAGAAAAUUUUUCAUUUAUAUUUAUCAUGUUCAUUACAAUAAAAUCAGAAAAGAAGCCUGGUUGGUGACUUUUAUAAAAUGUACACUUAGAGCAUAAAUUAUAAGGUAAGGUAAAUUUCAUGUAAAUUUUUUUUUCUGAAGAAAUGCCAUCAUUUAAUAAUUCAAAUUAGA